UGUACAUAUAUACAUGCACGUAUGUGGUGUGCGCCUGCUUUGAACCAGACCAAUUCUGAAGUUACGAAUAAUAAAAAAAUUCGAUAAACUCUAAUUGAUUUAGAAAAUAAUGAGUCAAGUGUAAAGAGAAGUUUUGAGCACAGAUAAGGAAAUGCGUGAAACGGAACGCAGUCCAAGUAGAUCACAGAUCACCUGAUAAUCAGUCGGUGUCGCUACUCUCGCUAAUACAAUCGCAGCCACCUACCGGUAUCCGGAUAGUUCGAAUAUUACAAAUGGUAAUGAAGAGAGUUAUAAUCACGUUGUGAAAAAAUUAUACUGAACAAAAUGCUGAGGAUACUUGCGUUGAGUCGUAAGCUCUGCCGAAAUUGUCGUGGAUUCAAAAAUGUAAUAGCACAAAGGAGGACGUUCCUAUCGGAAGCUUAUCGUUGCAAUGAAGCGUGGAAUCGCAGAUUAGAGUCACCGUUGCUGCAGGAGGUUAACCACUCGGCGAUGCUCAUCAUGCUCGAGCAAAAAUUCGCGAGUGUCGGCAAGGUGAGCGCUGUCGACAUUGACAUUUUCGUCAACAGUGUCUCUGAUGACACUUAUGUCAAUGAAGUAUUAAAGAUCCUGCACAACCUUCGUAUGUCGCCGGAAGCGACGAACAUACUCGAGUCCACACAUCACGCUGUAAUACGAUAUUUGUGGCAGCAUAAUUUUAUCGAGGAGCUACACGAGAUCGUCAACGACCGGAUCAAUUAUGGCAUCUUCCCUGAUUAUUUCUGCUACAACUUUCUCAUGGACGACUUCAUAAAGAAACAGGAUUAUGCAUCUGCCGCGAAGAUAGCAACCUUGGUCAUGUUGCAGGAAGAAACGGAAAAUCCUAUCACGAACGCGUUGUGUGUUUACGCAUGUCACAAGUACCUGGAGAAUCCCGAAGAAUGGAAAAAACCCGAAGUUCCUGUGGAUACCUCCAAAGAAGAGAUAAAGGUGGGCGUGGAAUUUAUAAGAAAUCCUUUUUUCGAUGACCACUUUGAUCUUACUGAUCCGAAAGAUCUCGUCGGUAAGACAUUGAGUUUUCAUGGAAAGCACCAGGCGAAUGUUCUGGGAAGAACCUGCCAAUUGAGGGGUUUAAUGUUGUAUAAAAAAUACAAUCAAGUGUUGCACCUAAUAAAAGAAUGGAUGGAGACAAUACAGGAUAAGAUAGUUUAUGAUGAAGUGUUUGAAUUAAUAACCAAGGACAAUAGUGAAUCCCAAGAUCAGAGUUCCGAGGAACUGAAACUUGUAGAAGAUCAAUUAUCCAUUUUAAAAGUGAAGCAAAAUGAUAAGGGAAAUUUAGUCGAAGCAAUAGAAAAUGCAAUUAGAUCUGCUGUAACAAAAACAGCUGAUAAAGAUGUUUCUAAACUAUAUCAGGCUUAUCUUGAUUGGGAACAAGUAAGAACUUCCAUAUUGGAAGAUCAAAUAAAAGCAAUAGAGACACAAAAAAAGAUAGCGAAUAUGGAGAAGAUAAAGAAGAAUCUGGAAGAGAGAGAACAACUCUUAACAUUCUUUGACAAUGAAGAACAGAUCGAAUUGAAAAUAGAGGAGAUAGAGGAGUUAAAUCGGAAGGAAGACAAACGUAUUCGUGCUAUGCACGGAAGUGAGAAGAAACUGAGAAAAUUGAUUGCCAUAGAAGCUUAUAUACCACCAGAUGUUAAAAAUAAAAAAUAAAGGAACCGACAAAAGUAAAAGACAAGUAGAGCGCAAAUUUCAGGUUUAAAUUGAAAAGAAAGCAAAUCAUCAACAGAAGUGCUGCUUAUCAUACUCUGACAUUAUGAUAUGUGUUUAUACUUAUUUUAUAAAAAUAGCUUGUACACGUAAAAAAAUGUAUAUAUAUAAAAUAUUAGAAAAUUAAUUCUAUCGAUAUUUCUUACAUACUCUAUCUUGUUCUCACGAACGACGCGACGGUUUUUCUCUCAGCGCUUUAUUUUUCUUAUAGCCAUAUCGGAUCUUCUCAGAACCUCGAGAAGCACGAAAGGCAUAUUCGUAGCUACAAAAAUUAUUACUUUAUAACAAAUAAUGUUCCUUUUAAGCAUCAAUGAAUGUUAACAGUGUGUCUUUAUUAUACACUUGGCCCGAGGCUGUGGAAAGUCUAUGAUGCCUGCCAACUCCAGGCCAAGG